UGCACUUGGUUGAUUUUACAGGAGAGGAAUGUGGUUUAUGAUAGCUGUAUAGAGAGGGUUCUGACCUCAUGUGACCACACUUAAUCUUUUUUAAAAACCGCCAUGCUUGCGUCAAUUUACCCCCAAUAAGUAUAGCACUUCUUAACAUGGUUGCAUUGGAUCUGAUGUCCUUUCCUCCAUACGGUUAUCUGGCCCACAGCAUACUUUGAAUUUGGAGGUUGCUUAUUAAGAACAUCUAAUGUCUUAAUUUGUAAAUACCCAAAUUAAAGGAUUUAAAAACCAAAGGAAAAGCCAUUUAGGUUUUUCAGAAGAAAACAGCCAAAGAAUAAGGAAAAUUGUAGCCUUAGGGAAAGUGGAAAGGAAACACUUUCACAAAUAUAUUAUGAGAACAAUCUGUGAAGCCUGUGGGAUUUAAACUUAGCUUCCCAGGGGAUGCUGUUGAGAGUCUGUCAACAAGGGCAUUCGAAAUAUACAAAGCUUUGGAUUAUGGGCUGUAAUGGUAAUAGCCGUGCAUUGGCACCUUUGCCACUAGAAUAUCCUUCUCAGUCUAAUAAUUUUGGUCAUUCUUCAUUCUUCUUUCCAAUGCUUUUUCCAUGAGUCAAGCAAAUGUCGACCUCCGGUCCACCUCCACCAAAACCCUACCGAUCACCCUUCCAGUUCUGGAAUCAUUGGCCUUGGACAGAAACAACCCCACUGGAGCCAGGAGAAAGAAAUCUUAUCACCUUUUAAUUUACUGGGCUGACUCAGUGCCAGAGCAGCAGUUAGAGGCAUUAGAGCAGAGACACAACUACUGUGUCAGAGCAUGAGCAGAACCAGGGUAUCUGGUUACACAUCCCCCCCACAGUGAGCCUUUAGCUGGAGCACUCGCAACUUCAGUUUUGUCCCAUUCCAUGAUCCUGUAACUGGGAAGCAGAAGGGAAGGCACCUCCCCCGGGAUGCCCAGUUUCCCCAUUUGCAGACACUGGAUAUGACUGGGGACAACCGUCCAAAAAGGACUUUACGGUAUCAGCAGACAGUGCUCUAUGGCCAGUACACAGACAACCUCUGCAGUCUUUCCCGGAAGGAAGAAGAUGAACUCCUGGGGGAGAAGAGGCCCCAACGCAAUGGCCAGGGGCCCCUGAAGCGAGUCAGCCAGGCUGAAGUGAAAGCAGAACGCUACUCCAAGUGCCAUGCCUGUGCUAAAAGAAUCCAGAACUAUGUUACCAAGAAGAUGGGAGAAGACUGGAUCUUCUUGAUCCUCCUGGGUCUUGUCAUGGCACUGGUGAGCUGGGGGGUGGAUUACUCCAGUGCCAAGAGCCUGCAAGCUUACAAGUGGAUGUACAACUCGCUGCACCCAAGUAUCCCUAUGCAGUACUUGGCCUGGGUGACCUACCCCCUCGUCCUGAUCCUCUUUGCUGCCCUCUUCUGCCAACUUGUCUCUCCGCAGGCUGUGGGCUCCGGGAUCCCUGAGCUGAAAACCAUUAUGCGGGGAGUCGUCCUCAAGGAAUACCUCACACCUAAAGCUUUCGUGGCCAAAGUUGUAAGCCUGACAGCUGGCCUAGGAAGUGGGAUACCUGUCGGGAAAGAGGGCCCCUUUGUGCAUAUUGCCAGCAUCUGUGCUGCCGUCCUGAGCAAGUUCAUGUCCAUCUUUUGCGGUGUGUAUGAGCAGCCAUAUUAUUACACAGAUGUCCUGACUGUGGGAUGUGCAGUAGGGGUUGGCUGCUGUUUCGGGACACCACUGGGAGGUGUGCUCUUCAGCAUCGAAGUAACUUCCACCUACUUUGCAGUUCGCAACUACUGGCGCGGAUUUUUUGCGGCUACGUUCAGUGCCUUUGUUUUCCGAGUCUUUGCUGUUUGGAACAAAGAUGCAGUCACCAUCACAGCCCUCUUCAGAACAAACUUCCGCAUGGAUUUCCCCUUCGACCUUCAGGAGCUGCCAGCUUUUGCCGUAAUAGGGAUCUGUUCUGGGUUCCUUGGAGCGUUUUUUGUUUACUUCAACCGGCAGGUGGUUUUGUGUGUACGUCGACAUACGGCCCUAAGUCAAUUCCUAACCAAAUACCGCCUUAUAUAUCCAGGGGUUAUAACCUUUGUGAUAGCGUCCUUGACAUUCCCCCCAGGCUUCGGGCAGUUUAUGGCUGGAGAGUUGAUGCCCAGAGAAGCCAUUAGCAGCCUCUUUGAUAACUUCACCUGGGUAAAGCAUACAGGGGACCCCCAGAUCCUGGGAAGGUCUGCAGUCUGGAUCCAUCCCAAAGUCAGCGUGUUUGUCAUCAUUCUUCUCUUCUUCGUCAUGAAGUUCUGGAUGUCUGUCAUUGCCACGACCAUGCCGAUACCUUGCGGAGGUUUCAUGCCUGUGUUUGUGCUGGGGGCUGCCUUUGGACGCCUGGUUGGUGAAAUCAUGGCCUGGUUUUUUCCUGAUGGGAUUCUCUUUGAUGACAUUGUUUACAAAAUCUUACCUGGGGGUUAUGCCGUGAUUGGAGCCGCUGCUUUGACUGGUGCAGUGAGCCACACGGUGUCCACAGCAGUGAUUUGCUUUGAGCUGACAGGCCAGAUCUCCCACAUCCUGCCCAUGAUGGUGGCCGUCAUCCUUGCCAACAUGGUGGCCCAGAGUUUGCAGCCAAGUCUCUACGACAGCAUCAUCCAAGUUAAGAAAUUGCCCUAUUUGCCGGACUUGGGAUGGAAUCAAAUAAGCAAAUACAAUAUCUUUGUGGAGGAUAUUAUGGUGUGUGAUGUGAAAUUCAUCUCCUCCAACUGCAAAUACCGGGACCUGCAGGAUGCACUUGAACACACCACUGUCAAGACCUUUCCUCUUGUGGAUUCACCAGAGUCCAUGAUCCUGCUGGGCUCCGUGGAGCGGCCAGAGCUCCAGGCCCUUCUGCUCAGGCACCUCAGCACUGAGCGCCGCCUGCGCUUGGGCAGGGAAACGCAGCAGCAGAAACUGGCCGAGACACCAUAUGAUGGGCACAGGUGGAAGCACGAAUCCUUUGCUUUUGUGGAUGAGGAUGAGGAUGAAGAGGAGAAGCCCGAGGUAGUGAAGGAAAAGCUUCCACAACAGCCUGCUUUCAUCAGCAGUUUCUCAGAACCACCCAAUGGCCCAGUGGCUCCUCACAAGCCAUUGCCAGAGUCACCAACCCCUCAGGAAACUCCAGGACGGAGAUUCUGGCGCUUGAGGAGACUGGUGCGGUUCCUCCUGUGCCUUUACCACCCUUCACAUCAGCAAGAGAUGGCUGAGCAGGAGUCCCCAGAGUUUGAAGACCCAAUGAAGCCAGAAGAGAUAGAAGCUUGGGAGCAGGAGGAGCUAGAGAAAAACGUGUGCUUCAACAGCUGCCGCAUAGACCCCUCGCCCUUUCAGCUGGUGGAGAGGACAUCCCUGCACAAGACACACACCUUGUUUUCAUUGCUGGGACUCAGCCAUGCCUAUGUAACCAGUAUGGGGAAGCUGAGAGGCGUGAUUGCCCUGGAAGAGCUCCAGAAAGCGAUUGAGGGCACCACAAGCUCUGGUGUUCACCUUCGUCCUCCCCUGGCCAGCUUCCGUGACACUACCCAGACGGCGGGUGGCAAGGAGCAGGCCAAGUGGACUGCACAGAUGUGGAGCAAGCGGGACAGUGAUGUGGCAGCGGCGGCGGCGGCUGCGGCGGCAGCAGCAGCUCCCAGCAGUACCGCAGCAGACUCAGGGACAGAGAGCCCGGUGGCCCCUAGCUCUCCCUUCCCGCCACCCUCUCCUGCCCCCAGUGGAGGGAAGGCGGUGGUACGCUCUGCCUCAGCUGCUGAUAUGGAACUGGAGGAAAUGGAGCUUUCUGGCCCAGCUGCUGAGAACAUCUCAGGCAUCCUGAAGGACCUCAACCUGCGCCCCAGAGACGUGUCUGAGGAUGACGACGACGACGACGUGCCACUAUAAUUGUACAGAGGAGGCGCCCAUCUUGCCCCUUCACCCAAGCUACUCCUGCCAUACUUGCGCUUCGAGGAAGGGCCUGUGGGCAGCUUCUCUGGCACUAAUGGAUGGCAAUUCGCACUGGAGAGCCUUGGCUCCGUGGGCUGACUCUUCCUUCUGCCACUAUCAAUGGGGUGGGGUGUACUUUGAUUACCAUGCUGUGUUAGGCAUUCCAUAGGGCUCCAUCCCCUGUGGAGAGAUGGUCAAGGCAGGCAGUGCAGAAACUUCUCUUCAGACUAAAUGACAUGGCCACCAACAUUUUCCUCGCCUUGCUUGAUUAAAUACUUAGCUUAGAGAGGAAGUAGACAAAGGAUUUAACCUAGACUGGCUGUGGAAAGAAUGCAACCCAGGUUGUCAACAGGCCCAUAAUUGGAUAAUUUAUGCGAUGGUGCCCUUCCCUUCGUGCUCCCGGUGUGAAACUGCCUCGCCUUUACCACUUUGCACAUCUCAGAAGCCCCUCUCCUGAGAAUUGCAACUUGAAGCCACUUGUGUUUUUUUCUGCUGCUUUUCCGGACCCAUCCUUGUCCAAUGUUCCCAUCCGGAAAUCACAUCAUUUUUCCAAUAUACUGUACAGUAUCCCACUCAAGUGUGUGGUUCAGGUCAGGGGUUGUUAUGGAAUUUAAAAGCCAAGCUCAAUCUCUGCCCCGCCCACUGGAGAAACAGAAGGCAGCAGUAGGAAGGCAGUUGCUCAGCCUGAUCACUUGUUUUGUAUAUUUCUUGGAGAUGUGAAAAUUAAAUGAAGGAAAAACGCAGUGCCCUGACUCACUGUAGGAAAGGUAACACAACCAGGGCUCUGUUUGCAGAAGUCUUUUAAAAUCCUGCUUUGGAUUGCUGAGAGGGAAGAAGGGGAAUUAAUCUGACUCCCUGCAAGCCAAUCAAUUAGUGCCCCCCACCUCAACCCCAGGAAAUCUAUUAAUAAAAACAAAUUCAACCACCACCACCACCACAUCUGUUGGAAUAGAGAAAUGAGAAUAUGCACAGCGCAUUGUUCCCAUAUAGCUUCCCACCCAGGUAGGGAGACCUAUGCAGAAGCCAUCUCUGGCAAACCUAAUGGCUCCAGCUUUAUCUGAAGGUUGUAAGCCAAAUGAUACAACUAGAAAGGGUAGUAUUCUGAAGUAUUCUGAUCAUUAGCAAGGCAAAAGUUUGAGCAAGGUAGCACACAGUCUUAAAUGGUUUUGUGUUUUUUUACGUUUUUAUCACGACAUGAUGGACACUUACGCAAAGCAGUUGUCUUAAUAACUAGAAUUCCUGUGAAGAAACGGAUGUGACAAGAGGUGUGGCAAGUGGAAGAAGAAACAGUUGCUGCUUCCGUGAGCACAUCUCUAUUACAGUUGCCUAUAGGCUUUCCACCAGUUUAACAGCCAUGGCUUCUCCCCAAAACUUGAAGUUUGGCAAAGGUGCUGAACAUUCUAUUAUGAACAAUCUGCAAUGACAUUUCCCGAGAGAGAAUGACGGCUGACCCUGUUUUAAGUGGGUAGUAUCUAAAAGGGGGGGAAAUGCCUGCCUCUUGAGCUAGCCAUUACAAACACAGUUUGAUCCUCCCCAAAGUCUUAGCUGUGUCCUCCAAUCCUGCACUCCAGUUCCCUCGCUGCUCAGUUAGGGUGGGUGAAUCAGUCACUUUUGGUUCCUCUCGGUUCCUCAUUUUUCCUGCACUAAUUUCAGUUCACCGCAUCUGUUUGCUUUUUUAAAAAAUAAAAAUAAAAAAGCCCUCAUUAAAAUUCACCAACACUUUAGGGCCAAUUUCUAAUACACACAUUUUUGUAUGCAAUUAUCCCUAAUGUAAUGCAUUUUGUAUGUUAGGUUUAGCAUUUUUGUGCACUCUUCUACACCAGUAUAUAUGCUCUCUGUGCAACGCUAACAUCCGGCACCAUCCGUUGGACUUUGCAGCUGCGACGCCCCAAAAGUUCAACUAGAUCUGCCUUUGCUCAACCCCCAAUGCCUCCACACAGCUUCACCAAGCUCCUCAGCCACUGGCUGUGAAGUGGUCUCAGUUAUGCAUGCUCCUACUCCUGAGCAAGCCUUGGCUUACUAGAGAGGAGGAUCUGCAUUGGCAUUUCUUGCACAUGCAGGUGAAUACCACCUGGAGGAGUAAAGUGCCUGGCCUGCCUAUGUGAAAUGGAUAACAUGCAAUGUUUACCGUUUUUAGAAUUCUCCAGCCCUCUUGGACAGUUCCAUGGGGAAAUAAAAACAAAGUUAUUACAAGCAGAAAUCACCAGCCCGAAAGCUGUCUCAUACACAUGGAGAAAACACUGGAAAGGACAUUUAUGAAUACACUCAUGUGAUGGUAGUUUCUUAGGCUCAGAAAUGGCACAUUUGGGUGUGCGUGGGCAUGUUUUCAACAGCUGCAUGCUACUUGGAAAUUCAGUAACCGCUAGGAAACAAAUAACCUACUGAGUUUGUCUGCCAUGCAGUUGUUAGGAGCCCUUCUGGGAGAGAGAUCGAUGGUGGCAAUCCUGUCUGUACUGGGCUUGACAUCAGUUGUCUACCUACCCCAACUCCAUCAGAACCAUUUUGGACAGCGUUUUGGUACAGCUCGCUGUCCUUUGCCAGCAAUUCACCUGUUCUAGUAUAUGAGCAGCAUCUCAGUUCCCAGGGAGCUUGUGGCAAAUCAGUAUGCUCGGUUGCAGACAAAAUCCCCAUGUGGUCAGGCCCAAGGGUGUAUGCGCAGGAUUAAUGACAGGUCAGCUGCAUCUUAACAUUUAAGCAACCUGUUGGUGACACAUUCACUGCUGUUAAAGAGGAGUGUGCGUGGAAUGGGGAUUCUGACAUAUGCAUACAUCACAAAGGGGAUAGUGAUUUUUUUAGUAAUAAAAAAAUAACCCAGUUAUUUAAACGUGAUUCUGGGCAGAUUUCAAGGUUAGACAGUUCUGAGCUCUAGGCAGAUUCCAAAAUCUGUGGGGAAAGGGAAGCAAAAAUAGAGAGGUCUGCUACCAAACGUGCCUAGUUUGUUUGCCAUCUGCAUGCACUUCAGUGCUCUGCAGUUUCCAGCUGUGGAUAUGGAAGGCAAGAACUGCAUAGUGCCUGCCAAGCAGUAAACAUGGCACAGGGAGUCAACAGCAAAAACUGUUUUUAUUCCUCUUGUACUUGCCUCUCAUGUCUGCUGCACCUGUAGCCCUACCAUCAGCGCCCUGCAAACCUGCCUUUAGAUGCCUAGUUCUUGAAGCAGGAAGCCUGCUUCUGGGCAAGCACCCUUUCAGACUGUAUGUGGAAGUUCACAUGUUUGAAUUCUCCACCCCAAAGUUCUUCUCGCAUAGAAAACUCAGCAUCAGGCGGGUGUUACAGUCCAGAUGCGGGGCUACUGCCGCUGUAAGAAUUAGGCCAGCAUCUCAAACGCUGAGUCCUCUGGGGAUUUUGCAAGCUUUUGCAAGCUCCUAGUGGAAAGCUAAGGCAAACUCACAGGCAGCUGCAUAUGUGCACACCUUGGAGAAUAGUAACAAUUUUGGCUUAACUAAUGUGAGCCACCUGGGUUUUUUUGCAGCAGCACACAAAUCCAUACAAUAAAUAAAUAUGUCAAAAUAUGCAUCCAAGUUACAAUGACACAUAGAAAAUAUUUUUAUUAAUACAUACAAAUGUUAAGAUACACAUUCUGUGAACACAGUGACAGCACUUGGACGUUUUACUUAAGAAAACAAACAGAACCCAAACAGAAUAUGGCCUGGUUCUCAUGGAAAGCAUCAGCCCAUGUCUGUGUCCCACUGCUUUCGGGAGCAGGAGUGGGUGGGGACUUAUAGAACUGAAUGCACCUCCAUAUAGGAUUUCAUAGGUAAAGCUACCGAGCACCCCUUUCUGCAGUGUCAGCAGUGUGAAAUUGUACUGCCCAGACGUAGGCCAAUAAGGUAUAAAGUAGGAUUAAAAAAGAAACCACAACACAACUGCAAGAAUGUUAUGUAUGUUACUCGUAUUUUGUGUGUGUCAAUAAUAAUAAUAAUAAUAAUAAUAAUAUAUUAUUUGUACCCCACCCAUCUGGCUGGGUUUCCCCAGCCACUCUGGGCAGCUGCCAACAAAGAUUAAAAUACAUUAAAAUGUCACACAUUAAAAACUUCCCUAAACAGGGCUGCCUUCAGAUGUCUUCCCUAUGUUUUGAAGGGUCUGGGAUGUACCCAUUAGCUUUUCAGGUUGGGUUAUUGGUUUCUAGGCCAACAAUCUCAACAGGUGGUAUAUUAUUAUUAUUAUUAUUAUUAUUAUUAUUAUUAUUAUUAUUAUUAUGCAGGGGAUACAUAAAAUGUCGAGUACCUGUCAAGGUGCACUUCUCGGAGUUGGGGGGGGGGAAUUCUUCUGAUAAUGGUCUUGCUCACAUGUAUGGACGGAAGUGUCUUCAUUGACAGCACAGGCCUUGGUUAGCAUGCAGGAGAAGUGUGCUUCUUGGAAGUUGCUCCGCUCUGUUUGUUUGCCUCUUGAUCUUGCCUCUUAGAACUGUACUCCUCUUCUGGGUCAUGCUGCAUUAUUUCAUGGAUCGAUUCCCCCAUCCCCAAUGUUUCAUAUACAAUGUGACUGUAAUGGAAUGUCAUUCUGAGGCAGGGGAGGGGACAGGGCAAGGAAGUUACAAGGCUCGUUGGGCCAGGCCAGGAUCUCCACUGUCAAAAAGGCUGUUUUCUGGCAACAGGUCAUAUUACCUUUCAUUAGUAUCAGGCAGUGUCUGAGCAUCAUCUCCAUCGAUUGAAGGGGGAGCCCAAAAAUGAAAAUCCUAACGUCUAACAAUGUAUGUAAAGUUAAAGAACAGAAACAUUAAACUUUGUCUUAUUUUAAAAUAUA